AUGGACAGUCGUCCUCCCAAAAGACAACGUCGAUCUAUCAAUAAAGAGACAUCCCAAGGAGACUCAUCAAAGCCAACAUCCAAUUCGAAGCCCAUCUCACUCUCAUCGCGCCCCAAACCCACGAAAGCGCGUCCCAGUCCAGCUCCAUCAUCACGACACCCCUCUUCCUCCCCAUCAACAUCACCCUCUAAGCCUAGAUCUGGAUCCGGGUCAUCUCCGAAACAAACAAAAACAAAAUCCUUACAUAGCUUCUUCCAACCCGCAAACGAGGGCCAGAGAUGGUCAGCGCAGAAAUUCGAGACGAAAUGGCCACUUACAACUGUUGCGGAAACAUUAGACACAGACGAGAUCGAAGAUGAUUACGAUUCGUACGAUGAGAUCUUCACUCAGCAUAUUGCUAGCCAGACGACGAAUACGAAUAAAUCGACACAAUCGAGUUCGUUACCGGCUAAGCAAAAGACGGCUACUGCGCGCCGAUCAAAUCAACCUUCUAAGCGAUUCCUCCUACCACCGGAACAGAAGGGGAGUGUUUCCCGACAAUCGAGAAAAUCACAGCCUCCGGAAGAGGUUGGGACUGAGGCUGGGAUUGGGAUUGGGCUUGUUGUUGAUAAUCGUCCGUGGGCCCAGCGGUUUGGUCCUUCAAACCUAGACGAGUUGGUUGUUCAUAAGAGAAAGGUUGGCGACGUGGGAAGUUGGCUGGAAGAUGCCUUUUCAGGACGAUGUAAAGAGGCAAUUUUACGAGGCCCUGCCGGUUCAGGGAAAACGACUACCAUUUCCUUAUUAUCCGACUCACUCGGGUUUGAUAUCAUUGAGUGGAGGAAUCCCACGGUUUCCGAUUUCACAGCUCAAGAUUAUGUCUCGGCGAGUACACAGUUCGAAGAAUUUCUGGGCCGCGGUGACCACUACGGAGGAUUAGACCUGGAGGACAAAACCGAAGCAAACCAAAAACACAAAUCGUCUCUCAGGGAUAAUCGCAUUCUUCUGGUAGAGGAGUUUCCGGCCGUGCUAAGUCGAAACUCCGGCUUAACUGCCUUCCGGGCUUCUAUCCAGCGCUAUCUUGCUUCUGCUACAGAUCAUGCACCGGGGGAAAUACACCCACCUCUUGUGAUGAUUAUCUCGGAGACCCUGCUGGGCUCUGCUUCAUCUGUUUCAGAUAACUUCACUGUCCACCGACUCCUAGGCCCGAGCUUGUAUAACCAUAGCAGCACCAAAAUCAUAGAUUUUAAUAGUGUCGCUCCAACCUUUAUGCAGAAAGCCUUGCGCUUGGUCUUAGAGAAGGAAUCACGCGAGUCAAAACGGGCUCAGAUCCCCGGGCCAGCUGUCCUCGACACAAUAUCUGAAAUUGGAGAUGUGCGGAGUGCCGUGUCUUCGCUGGAGUUUCUAUGUUUGAAAAGCGAACAUAAUCACACGGGCGCUUGGGGAGGAACACUAACUAAAAGCAAGGGAAAGAAGGUUCGCAAGGACGCUGCCCUUACUCCCAUGGAAGAAGAGUCGUUGAAGCUUAUUUCUCAAAGGGAGGCAAGCUUGGGACUCUUUCAUGCUGUGGGCAAAAUCGUGUAUAAUAAACGACUUGAUCCGAGCCUCGUUCCAGAUGAUACGAUCGUUCUCCCAUCACCACCAGAGUAUCUUGCGGAGUUUGAUCGGCCUAAAGUCUCGCAGGUGGAAGUGAAUGACUUGAUUGAUGAGACAGGAACGGAUAUUACGACCUUUGUCUGCGGUCUUCAUGAGAAUUACCCGCCCUCCUGCCAUGGAACCUCAUUUACAGAUAACCUCAAUGCUUGUAUCGAAGCCUUAUCUGACAGCGAUAUACUUAGCGCCGAUCGCAGACCUGCCCAUGGUGCACGGGGUGGAAUGGGCGGCGGGAUCACGUCUCUAAAUUCAGGUGUUGACAAACUGAGACAGGACGAGAUCAGUUUUCAAGUUGCAGCACGCGGUCUAUUGUUCGGUCUCCCAUAUCCUGUCAACCGACGCGUGACCUCUCUCGACGGCCGAGGCCAUUCGGGAAAUGCACAUAAAAUGCUCUACCCGACAUCCUUAAGACUAUGGAGAAAAACAGAAGAAAUCGAAGGACUCGUGGAUUCAUGGAUGACACAACUGCUGGAUCCCUCUAAUACUUCUACUUCGAAACCUACAACUGAAGCAAGUGGCGUUAAGUUCUGGCAAAGCUUCAAGUUCGGGCAUCAUGGCCGAGACGGUGCAAGUACAAACCACCACUCAACGAAGACGAUGUUGUCACGUCCCGAUGUACUUCUACACCAAUUACCCUACAUGGCUCAUAUUAAACGCAACACGACUGAAGCCUGGGAACUGAACCAAAUCACCAAGAUCAAGAGUAGUCAUAUAGAAGAUGUUGAUGACGAUGAAGAUAUUCCUUUAUCCCCAUCUAGACAACCACCACCACAACCGCGAUAUCCACUGAGCCGUGGUGCAUCUGGGCCUCAAGAACCUGAGGAGGAAGAAAAGUUGAUUCUCAGCGAUGACGACAUUGAGGAUGAUUGA